AUGUCACAACAUCAACACCAACACCAAGCUCAACAAGGGCAGCCCCAAGUAUCAUUCAAUCAACCAUGGAUUGACCCAAAUAUACUUCAGCAGAUGAAUCCCCAUAAUAGAAUUGGACGUUACCAAAUUAUCAAGACUUUGGGUGAGGGGUCAUUUGGGAAAGUUAAGCUCGCUUUUCAUUUGACCAGUGGUCAAAGAGUUGCCUUGAAGAUUAUAAAUAGGAAAACUUUGGCUAAAUCAGACAUGCAAGGUAGAAUUGAAAGAGAAAUUUCAUACCUUAGAUUGCUUAGACAUCCCCACAUUAUCAAGUUGUACGAUGUGAUUAAAUCGAAAGAUGAAAUCAUUAUGGUUAUUGAGUUUGCAGGAAAAGAGUUGUUUGAUUACAUUGUUCAAAAGGGUAGAAUGCCGGAAAAUGAAGCUCGAAGAUUUUUUGUCCAAAUCAUAUGUGCUGUUCAAUAUUGUCAUCGUCAUAAGAUUGUCCAUAGAGAUUUGAAGCCUGAGAACUUGCUUCUCGAUGGUGAUUUAAAUAUUAAGAUUGCUGACUUUGGGUUGUCAAAUUUGAUGACAGAUGGUAAUUUCUUGAAAACUUCUUGUGGCUCGCCAAAUUAUGCUGCCCCAGAAGUUAUCAGUGGGAAGUUGUACGCCGGUAGCGAGGUUGAUGUCUGGUCUUGUGGGGUCAUCUUGUAUGUGAUGUUAUGUGGUAGAUUGCCUUUUGAUGAUGAUUUUAUUCCUGCGUUAUUCAAGAAAAUCAGCAGUGGUAUUUUCACAAUUCCUUCUUUUUUGUCGCCUGGCGCCAAAGAAAUUAUCCAGAAGAUGUUGAUUGUGGAUCCUCUAAAUAGAAUCACUAUCGAUGAAGUCAUGGAGACUGAGUGGUUUAAGACAGAUUUCCCAGACUAUUUGAAAGCAGAAACUGUUCCUGCUGGAACCAACGAUAAUGAAGCUUUUGAUGAUGAGGUAGCACAAAACGUGGUUAUGACCAUGGGUUAUAAUUAUGAAGAAGUUUGCGAUAUCUUGAAACAGAAAUUCGUCGAUGGCAAUACUAGUCUUGACAAUCAUGAAAUUGUCAAUGCCUAUGAAUUGUUGUUAGAAAAUAAGAAUUAUACCAACCUCAACAAGGAUGAUGGAAGUAGCCAUAUUGAUACAGUUGCCUCCAAAUUACCUCCUACAUGGGCUAAUACCGAUAACACUCGUGGUAAUGGGGCAGGUGGCAAGACUGGAGAAUUUAAACAGAUAGCCAAUAAUGUGGAUAAUGGCAGAAACACAUUAGCUUAUGAUAUGUCACCAUUUGUUGAUAAUAAUAACACCGCUGCAAAUUCAACGAUUUCAAUAUUACCGACAUCCAUACCUCAAUACCACAGAGCUUAUAUGAUGUCGCAAGACCCUGAUAUUUUGAAAAGAAUUGCUCCGGCAUCAACAAAGAAGUCCAAAAUCAAAUGGCACUUUGGUAUUAGAUCAAAAUCAUACCCAUUAGAUGUUAUGGGAGAAAUUUACAGAGCAUUAAAGAAUCUUGGCGCUCAAUGGUGCAAACCAACUGAAGAAGAGCUUUGGACGAUUAGAGUCAGAUGGAAAUGUGGGUUGUUAUUGAAGGAGGGGCUCAAUAAAGCUCAUACUAACCCAGAAGAUGAAAUUGGAGCUACUUAUACAUUUAGCAAAAGCAAGAAUGGCAAUGAGAACGAUGACGUGGAAAUGAAGGACAAUACUAAAUCAACUCCUGUAGAUAAUGAAUCGAACACGGAAUUAACCCCUGAUUUAAUGAAAAUGCAGAUUCAAUUAUUUCAAUUGGAAGCAAACAAUUAUUUGGUUGAUUUCAAAUUUGAUGGCUGGGAAUGCUCACGUAAUGAGUCAUUAGAGUUUGCCCAAAAUGACCAAUUGUCCAGCUAUUCUGCUUAUCCAUUUUUGCACCUCACCACACGACUUAUUAUGGAAUUGGCAGUGAACAGUCAGAACUAG